AUGGUGCACGCGGAGCACGGCAGCAGCAGGGCUGGCAGCAGCAAGAGCGCUGGCAGCCCCUUCCACGCGGAGCACGCGCCGCUAACGCGCGCGCACAUGGUGCACUACGUGGACGUGCACCUGCCGUGGUCGCACUCCCUCCGCGCCUGCUGCCUCCCCCGCAUGCUCCGCCCCGCCCCGUCCAUCACCUUCCGCAUCUCAAGCCUCGCCUCGCUGCGCAAGCACCUGCAGCAGCCCGUGCCGCCCGCCAUGCCGCCCUUCCGCUUCGGCCAUAAGCCCCCGCGCGCCAUCACCGCCUACUCCGCCACCGUCCCGCUCUCCGCCCCUCCUCCCCGCCCUCCAAGCGGUGCCACUGCUGGCGUUGGCGCCUCUACUGCAGCUGCUGCUGCCAGUGCUGCUGCUGAAGAGCGCACAGCAGCACCUUCCUUGGCAGACCAGUAUCGGUGGAAGGUGGACGCGGCGCCUGUGGUGGCAGCAGAGGGGAUGAUGCUCGAAUGGCUGGCAGAGCCACGUGUCGGCCUGCUACUGGACCUCCAGAAUCUCAGGCGCCAGCUGGCAGAUCAUCUGAGCAUGCAUGAUAUAGCUGCUGCGCGUGCGGCAGCCAGGGCGAGAGGCACCGCUGGGGCCAGAGGCACUGCUGGGGCUAGAGGCACGAGGGCGGCAGGUAGCCCUCGCCUGUGGUGGUGCUGCUGGCUGUGCAGUGACUGUUUUACGCGCUACCGCCGUGCCGUGUCCAUGGCUGCUUUCAUCGUGCUUGUCGCCAAGUUCCCCCGCUUCGUCACUCUCUGGCGGUCGCACGUCCAGUCUGGUGCUGGGAGUGAAGGGCAAGCAGCAGCUGGAGACCGGCUUUGCUGCCCACCUGCUGCCGCUGCUGCCGGGGGGAGGCACGCGCAUGGGCAGGCGGGAGAGGAAGGGGAAAGUCGGGGGGGGGAGGUGGGAGAGGGGGAGGAGUGGAAGGACGGGUUGAGGGGGGUGGAGUGGGAGGAGUAUGUGGAACGCGUGGGGGAGAUUGCCGCCCAGGGAGGGCUGGUAGGCGAGCAGUACCGCUGCUGCUGCUCGCAGUGUUGUAAGGGAGAGGGCACCGAGGGAAGAGCGACUGCGGCUGUGGGAGUCCCACCCGGCAGCAGCGGCAUGGUGGUAUCGGGUGUGGACCCCACAGAGUUCGCCCUCAAGUGCGCCACUCUCUUUUGCGAGCCCAUGUUCGCCAACAAUGCUGCUCUCGUCUUCUCCGACUGUGCUGCCCACCGCCACAAGGAGAGCGUGGAAGACGCUGCCGUGGAGGGAGCAGUGAACAGGCUGGCAGCGGCGGAGAGAAGCACAGAGGGCAGUGGAGUGCAGGGUCGGGGGAAGCGAGCAGUGGAACCAGAGGCUCCAACAGUGUCUCCUGCUGCUACUGCUGCUGGGUCUACAGCACUGCAGAUGCUACGCCCGCAAGGGUUUGCCACCGCGCUCCCGCAUCCACUUCACGACCUACCGAACCUGCUGCAGAGGUUCGGCGUGCCCAAGCUUCCGGCCGCCACAGGCGAGGAAGGUCUGGCAAGGGCGGUUUGGCAGGACUUUCCGGAAGGGGACAGGGCGACAGUGGCAGAGGUAGAGAAGGAUCCCGGAUUCAGGGGACAGGGCGUGAUCAUUAUCCGCUCCUGUACUGGCAGCAGUGCGAGGGACUAUGUCAUCCGCCUCCCACAGCCUCACAGUUGA